GAGCCCAAGGAGCCACCCCACCAUGGGACCCGCCAGCCUGCUCCUUGCCUUCCUGUGCAUCAAGGCCCUGGCAGCUGACACCUGCCCAGAGGUGAAGCUGCUGGGCCUGGAGGGCUCCGACAAGCUCUCCAUUCUCCGUGGCUGCCCGGGGCUGCCGGGGGCCCCAGGACCCAAGGGAGAGGCAGGGGCCAGUGGAGACAAAGGAGACCGAGGCUACCCUGGUUUUCCUGGGCUGGCAGGACCUCCCGGACUCAAAGGUGACCGAGGAGAGAAGGGGGUGCCUGGAGAAAGAGGAGAAUCAUGGAAGCCUGAGAGCUGCGACACGGGCCCCCGCAACUGCAAGGAGCUGCUGACCAGGGGCCACUCCCUGAGCGGCUGGCACACCAUCUACCUGUCCGACUGCCGGCCCCUGACCGUGCUGUGUGACAUGCACACCGACGGCGGGGGGUGGACCGUUUUCCAGCGAAGGAUCGACGGCUCCGUGGACUUCUACCAGGACUGGGCCGCGUACAAGCAGGGCUUUGGCAGUCAGCUGGGAGAGUUCUGGCUGGGCAACGACAACCUCCAUGCCCUGACCGCCCAGGGCACCAGCGAGCUCCGCGUGGACCUCGUGGACUUCCAGGACACCCGGCACUUCGCCAAGUGGACCUCGUUCAAGGUGGAGAGCGAGGAGGAGAAGUACAAGCUGGUGCUGGGCACCUUCGUGGAUGGCAGCGCAGGUGAUUCUCUGUCUGUUCACAACAACACCAAGUUCUCCACUAAGGACCAGGACAACGACGAAUCUUCUUCAAACUGUGCUGAGUCGUACACAGGCGCCUGGUGGUACAAGAGCUGCCACUGGUCCAACCUGAACGGUCGCUACCUGGGGGGCUCCCACGGGAGUUCUGCAAAUGGUAUCAACUGGUAUUCGGGGAAAGGCCACAACUACAGCUACAAGAUGUCAGAGAUGAAGCUGCGGCCCACCUAGCGGAGGCCCGGGGCAGCGCCAGCUCUCCCCAUUAGCACCGUUCCACACCCACUGGAAAUACGGGGAUGUUGGUCAAAAUCCUCAGGCCUCAGGUGGAGCGUCCACCCCAUUCCCCGUCUGCAGCGACCCUCAGAGCUUUGUGCUGAUCCCCCAAUUCCAGCCUCUUACCCCCACCAGCAAUUGGGGGGGUCACUCUUUUGCUAGACCCUUGCCAG